AUGUCUGGGGCCCAAUUUGUACUCGUACAUGGGGCAUGGCAUACAUCAUGGCACUGGAAGUUCCUUGCGUCAAACUUGACAGACUCUGGCUACACCGUAUCGACAGUGGAUCUACCUUCUGUCAGCCCCGACGUCGACAAAGUACUCCGCGAAGGUGCGUUACGAGCAGAUGUCGAAGUGGUCCAGGCCGCUUUGGAAAGGGCAGCGAUCACAUCCGACAAAGUGAUACCGGUCUUCCAUAGCUAUGGCGGUAUGCCCGGAGGCGAAGCAGCUGCAGAGCUAAGUGAUCAUGCGAAGGCGAAGAUGCACUGCUUAGUAUACAUGUGCGCUUUUUUGGUUCCUGCCGGGAAAGCCCUCCUUACGGACACGAAUGGUGCUAUGGCUCCUUUUUCACGAGCUGAUAGGUCCAAGGAUCAUGUGGCCAGCGUACCCGAUCCUAUAUCAAUUUUCUACCACGACAUUGCUUCUACAGUGGCGGAAGAAGCUGCUCAGCAUGUCUCCCUGAGUUCAAUGUCGGCAUUCACGCAGGAAAUAAGGCAUAGCCCAUGGGAACAAUACCGAUGCGCAUACAUUUUCACCGAAUAUGACAGAGCCCUGCCCCUUACGAGACAAGAGUCGUUCUUUGCCCAUGCAAAUGAGGCGUGCCGGACAAAUUGGACGACUUUCACUCUUGCGGGUGGGCAUAGUCCAUUCCUUUCCCGCCCCGAAGAAUGUGCGGACAUUCCCAGACAGCUUGCGAUGGAAUGGAUGAGUUGUUCAAUACUGUGA